AUUUAUAACCUAUAGGGCAUGUUGUGAUCUGUGGGAGAAACCGGAGUACCCGGAGGAAACCCACGCAUGCAUGGGGAGAACACGCAACUCCAUGCAGAAAGGCCGCAGCCGAGCCGAGUUUCGAACCUGCAACCGUCGUGCUGCGAGGCAACAGUGCUAACCACUGCGCCACCAUGCAGCCCAAUUAAUGAACACUGAUAUGUGUAAUUCUGCUGCCCUCUAACUUUAAUCUGUUCAUGUAGUCAUUUUAAAUUGUGAACUCUUUAUAGCUUUUCCCAGUCUUUCCAAUCAAGCUGUUUUGAUUUAGCAGGCAUAUAACUGAGAAAUAUACACUUUUUUGCAGUGUGUCGUGUAGGUUUGCUUAAAUUGUUAGAAUUUUGAUCAAUUAAAUAAAUCUAUAUUUUGAUCUUUAACAAAGAUAUAGCACUGAAUAUUGAACAAUAUAUCCCUGAAAUGACAUAAAAGCAUAUUACAUUUUAUAUUGUAUCAGAAAUUGCAAUAACAGUUGAGGUAGUGUAUGUAAUUCUAACCCAGGGAAUGUCUUAACUUCCUCACAAUUCACAACCAGUUGGUUUUAUUUGAACCGUGGGAAAUGGCAGGUCAGUCGGGGUCUGCUUGUUUUCAACUCAGAAAACAUAAGAGUCCAAAGAGGUUCAUAAAGGUGGAGGGGUGAGAGCCUCCUUGAUGCUGAUGGAUUACAAGGCAGGAUAAGGAGGAUAGGUCUAAAAGGCCCUGCCUGACCUCAGACGGGGUCCUCAGCUUAGAUGGAAAAUGGGGGGAAAAAAACACAAUAAAACACCUGGCCUUUGGUCAAAGUCUACCUGUGUGACAAGUCAGACUGUAUGCACACACUCGGAACAAACCAAAGGAAAUCAAUCUUCAGUAGAGGAGGCUGUGCCUAGCUAGAUAUGUGACAUUUAUUAGACACCUACAUAGAGUAAGUCACAAAUCGAUUUAAGUGUGACACAAAUGUUGAGGUGAUUCAUUAUUCUAAAUGGUCCACAAUGAUCAUUUUGUUUUAAGUCAGCCUAAUUUAUCUUAAAAGCAUUAAAGCUGUGGUCUGUAGCAUGGCGCCAUCAAGGCAAAGAAGAUUUAGAAAUUUAAACAGUUAUAAAUCCGACCCUGCCUGGCAUCACUCUGUAGUGCAUGCUGGGGACCGGGGCACAUUCUCACUGACUGACAGCUCCCACUUAACUUUUGGUCAACACUCAAUUUGCUAUAGAGGCCAGGGGAGGGCCUUAGGAGAAAUAUAAACAACCUACUUUACAAGAUGUAACAAAGUCAGAUAGUCAAAUUUAAGUAUUUUAAAGGUGCAUGAUGUACGAAUGAAGUAAGACUGACAUCUUGUGGUCAAAUUUGGGUACUGCAGUCCAUUUUCAAAAUGAACAAGUGACUUUCUCACUUCUGUUCCAUUUUUUGUAAAAUUUAUUUAACAUUUAUUUAUCCAGGAAAAAAGUCCCAUUGAGAUUUAAAACCUCAUUUUCAAGGGAGUCCUGCAUGAGUUUCAUGACUGUUGCCAGUUACGGAUCCUCGUCAGAAGACUCGACGAGCGAAGACGAGUCAUGCACAGUAAGAUGACAAGUAGAUAAAUACAUUUCACUGUAAUAUCAAGUGAUAAUUGUAAAAGUAACUUGAGAUAUUUUUAUUGAAUAUUUGCUUUGAUUUCAUCAUUAGCAAACAUUGGCAUCUAGUUUUCUUCACCCAAUAUUAGAGUAAAACAAGAAAAGUGUGGGUUCUUAGGGGUAUAACUUCUGGUCUGCUCCUCGUACUGAUUAAUAUACUGUCUACAACCUUGGAGCUUUUUGCCGACUAGUCUUGUAUUACAAAUGCUGAUGCAGACUUGGCAACCCAGCGGACUUUUUUAAAAGGAGAAUAACUGGCCUCCGCCUAUUCGGCUGAAAAAGAAAUCUUUUUAAAUGUCACCUUCCUUCCAACAUGAUGGAGACAUUAGGCUGAUUUGUGAUUAUUUUGUACCUUUAAGUGACUUUUAAAACAUAAACCACACACCCCAGCUAUAACUGACAAAGCAUGUUGCUCAGGUUAGCUAGUAGUGACAAAUUGUAAGGGGGUGUACAGAAUGUCUCAAAAAUAUUUGCAAGGAAUCUUAAAUCCUCAAUAAUUCACUUGGUCUUUUCCUGUGUUGCUAGAACUUUUAACAUGUUUCUAAAUACCUGUGCAACAAUGUUGUUCUUAUAAUAUAGAUUUAUUGUGUGGGUGUGUCAGUUUGAACACUUCUCAAUUUAGUUUGCACGAAACUAAAGGCAAGAGGUGGGAGACAGCUUUGGGAGGAGUAGGCAAUACAAUUGCAAAACAGUCACAUUUUUAUUCAGAUUCAUCGUGUGCACAAACUGAUUUGGUUAAAAAAAAGACUUGCAAAAGUGUACUUAAAUGUGAUUCCAUCUAUGGUUUUGCUUGAGUUCUUGCAAUUGAAUCUCCAACAUGUUGCCAAGUGAGAAACCUGCCUGAAACAUGAACAUUUCCGAUCUGGUGCCCCUCAGUUACGACUUUGGAACACACAUGCUGUGUAUAGUUAGCAUUUUUACUCCAAAUAACUAAAAAUAGCCAAAGUUAAUGGGAACCAGGGUAUUAAGGGAGCAGAUUUAGUCCAUUUCUGUGAUUGUGUAAACUUUGUACAAACUCUAGAUGUGGAUUUCAAGCCAACAUUUGUUAUUUGAGUUAAAUAUUUACAUCCUUUAUGUCAAGCCAGGCUUGGACUUUUUCAGACUAGGAACCAUGUUCAGCAGUAGGGGUUCCACAGGGACAAUAAAGGUGGUACACCUCUAAUGUGUAAUUUUACCAGAGAGCAUGGUGUUCUGAGUCAGCCGUUCAGUAACUUCAGAACUAAAUACAUCUACCAAAAUCAGAGAGGCAGCCGGGGUCUUCUAUUCAACCAUGCAAACACAAGCUACAGAUGAGGGCGCUGCAGUGGACAUGAAGCUGUACAGUCACCGGUGGAGGAGAUGGCUUCCUCCAAAGCCGCGGAACAUGGACAGCAACAGGGCCAGUCAGGAGCAGGAUCAGGAUCCUGAUGCAGAACUGGAUGAGCCCAAUGGUUUCCCUGGACUGCUAUCUACAGAGGAAACUGACAACAGCUCCCAGAUAGAGGAGGACAUGGACCACAACUACUACACAUCGAAAACAUACGCCCCCUCAGAUCCCAUGAGCAAAGACCUGUGGGUAAAUAUUGACCUGAUGGAGAAGGACAAAGUGAAGAUCCACGGGAUAUUGUCCAACACACACAGACAAGCGGCGAGAGUUAAUCUGUCCUUCGAUUUCCCUUUUUAUGGACAUCUCCUGCGUGAAAUCACCGUGGCGACUGGCGGUUUCAUUUACACUGGCGAUGUUGUUCACCGUAUGCUCACAGCUACACAGUACAUUGCCCCUCUCAUGGCCAACUUUGAUCCAAGUGUCUCAAGAAACUCCACCGUCAUCUAUUUUGACAAUGGUACAGCUCUGGUAGUGCAAUGGGACCACGUCCACCUGCAGGACAACUACAACUUGGGAAGCUUCACCUUUCAGGCCACGCUGCACAACACAGGCCGGAUUAUCUUUGCAUACAAAGAGAUUCCCACUGAGAUAUCACAGAUCAGUUUUGUCAACCACCCGGUGAAAGUGGGCCUGUCCGAUGCUUUUGUAGUGGUCCACAAAAUCCAGCAAAUUCCCAACGUGAGGCGAAGGACGAUCUACGAGUACCACCGUGUGGAGCUCACAAAGACAAGAAUCACCAACUCUACAGCUGUGGAAAUCACACCUUUACCCACCUGUCUCCAGUUCACCAGCUGUAGUGAUUGCAUCUCCUCACAGAUUAACUUCAACUGCAGCUGGUGUCAUCGACUCAACAGAUGUUCCAGUGGCUUUGACCGCCUUCGUCAGGACUGGGUGGAUAACAACUGUCCAGACGAGACCAAAGACAAACUGUGUGAUAUUGUUGAUUCUACACAUCUCUACCCCUUCGGCACCCCUAUCGCUUCCAAAACAACUCAGAGGAGUAAAGAUGCCUUCGGAGGAAGGGAUGUUCCCUCCACCUCUCAGCCUCCCACCAGUGCCCCCACUGAGGAUGACACCAAGAUUGCGCUUCAUCUCAGAGACAACCAGGCGAUGCCAGCUGACAGUGCCGUCAACAGGGUGCCAGGCACACACUUUCUGCACACUGGUCUGAUCCUGGGCAUCCUGCUGGUGAUGCUCGUCAUGAUUGCCGGCGUGCUGAUCACCGUCUACGUGUACCAUCACCCAACAUCUGCAGCCAGCCUCUUUCUCAUCGAGAGACGCCCGAGCAGAUGGCCGGCCAUGAAGUUUCGCCGCGGGUCGGGUCACCCAGCCUACGCGGAGGUGGAGCCGGUUGGCCAGGAGAAGGAGAAGGAGGUCUUCAUUGUGUCUGAGCAGUGCUGAGUGCUUCAUGCCCACACCCCCCACCCCACCGCGUGAACCCUCCUGCUCAACGGGGACGUCUCACUUUUCACCUUUGUUAAAACCGGAUUUGGCCUGUUUAUGCAGACGCUAACCAGCUCCUGGUGUAGAAGAGCUGAGCUGCUGGGGGUCAAGGGUUAAGAGCGCUGAUGUCACUGAAUCAUCUGGCUUUGACACACCUCCCCAUGGAGGGACAGGACUGACUGCCUUCACUGGUUGUUUGUGUCUAGACAAGGACAUAUACAACAUAUAUUUUCAGAACCGAUACCUGAACAGAGAUUUCCACAUGCAGGUUUUUGGGGUUAGAUAGCAUAAGCCUUUGUAUAUCCAUCAGGGUUGUUUUUAUUUUAUUCCAGGAUGGAGUUUUUGUUUGGUUUUGUUUUUGGAGAGUUGGUGUUGGCACAUGCAUCUGUACAGAUAAUGCUGUUCAAUACUGUAGCAGGCGUAAUUGACUUUUCCACAGCUCACUCUGUGCAUGCAGGCUGCAGCUGUGUGGCGUGACGUGCAGUCGCUUUAAUCAAUCACAGCUCAGAAAAAAACAGCAUUCAAUAUUGAUUUAAGUUUCUUUCAAUGAAGUGUUUGAUUUAAUGUUGUUAUUUGCCUUUAUAGGUGAUGGGAACACUACACUUUUUGUUUUUUUUACUGUGGUGCCAUUUUGUUCCUUAUUAGACUUUGCACAGGUUUUUUGGAUGCACAUUUCCUCCCUUCCCCGAAUCGUGUUCAGGCACUGUUGCAAAUUUACAAGACAGGCGCUUGUGUGUGAAUUUAUUUUUUCUGAAGUGUAAAUGAUUCAUGUGUGUGAAUGCAGAAGAGCAGUUAACAGUAGUGAAUGGCUUUAUGGGUGAUUGUUUGAGCUGGCUCUGCACAGUUGACUCCUAAAGAUUACAUGUUAAAAAAUAUGGAACCUAAUAAGUGACAAGUAGAGAGUUACAGAGAUCAAGGAAAUCUUUCAGUGCACAGAUUUGUAUAAUUUUUUUAGAACAUUAAUUGUUGGAUUUGUUGAAUUUAUGUAAAGCAGGACAAAUCUGUUUCUCUCAGGAUCAAUUAAAACAAUCCAUUCUCCUGAUACAAAAAAGCAUUAUGUAAAACAAAAAUUCAGGAGGAUUUAUAACGUAAAAAUAUUAGAAUAAUUAAUUUUAAAGUGUGCUUAAAUUAAACUAUUUGUUGUUUUGAAAUACAGUCUGUCUCUAGGGAUGCACCGAUCAGGUUUUUUGCUGCCGAUCACCGAUACCGAUAUCAAAGAAUGCUGAUCACCGAUACCGAUCACGUGGAUUGGCCAGAAAUUUUCUACAACAUUAUAAUGAGUGCUACAAACUACAUAAUCUGGGAAUAAAGGAAAUGAAACCUAAUCUAAAAUGGUCUGUAUUAGGGUUGUCACGGUGUGAAAAUUUAACCUCACGGUUAUUGUGACCAAAAUUGCCACGGUUUUCGGUAUUAUCGCGGUAUUUUUCUUAAACGUGCUACAUUUUCACACAAUUAAAUAAACCCUGUAUGUCAGGAAAUAUUGUGCUCAGUUUGUGUCUAAAUUUUGCCUAAAAUGUGUUAUUUUGUAAUUAUGUUGUUUAUUUGUUUACAUUUUUCCCUUUAGUCUUUAAAAUACCAAUAUUUGCCCAUAACUUCUUAUUUUAUGUCUGUUUGAUGUCAUAAUUUUAAAAAUAUUAGAUCAGAUGAUACUCAGUACUCAAGUAGCCUUCUAAUCAGAUACUUUUUUACCCUUACUUGAGUAAUAAACCCUAUAUCAGGAAAAUAUUGUCCUUGGUUUGUGUCCUUCCAGUGAGCUUUGCAGAUUUGGGAAAAUGUCAUCAGGCAGUAAUCAUUGUUAAAUUCAUAAUUAUUCUCGGAGAGAGACCAACUCUUAUCUGCCCCUGGGAGCCCCGUAAUGCAUAGCGUCAUUUCAACAUGGCGGUGUCCGCGACACGGUUUAUAUGCAGGUAGCGGCGCUGCGGCUGAAUUAUAUAGUGACUCGUUGCAUUCUCCCUCAAUCCAAAUCCUCGGAUCACGCAUUUUAGCUAAAACGCUAACGUUAGCUUGCCUUGCGUUGACUGUAGAGUUGUGGGUGAUGGUCACGCAGAUGUGUCAUGAGAUUUGAAGCAUUGCUGCCUUUCACAGACACUUUUUCUGCACGUGCUGCAAACAGGAUAGCCGUCUUCUAUCAACUGUCCCUCGGCAUUCUUCAAAUAUCCAAAAGAUGCCCGUACUUCCAACUUUGUCUUCUUUGAGGGAUAAUAAAUGUCCUCCUGAGCACUGCCGUCUCCUCCUUUGGCCAUUAUUUCAGCUUUAGCUUCAAGAAAGUUUUGGUUGUUAACAACAAAGCACGCAUGUGCCGCCAGCAACUUCAGCAGAUGAUACGGUGGCUGGUAAGGGUCACCGCGCCUACACCGCAGCCACGGUAAUCCACCGAGAUAAUAUUUUUUUUAAAAACAAGACGGUUAUUAUUAUUGUCAACUUUUUUUUUACCGGGGUUUACCGCUACACCGGUUACCGUGACAACCCUACCUGAUCGGUCUGCUUUGAUCUAUUUUGAAAACUCCGAUCAAAACCGAUAGGGGCGCUAUCGGCCGAUUGGGAUCAAAUGCCGAUCCAUCGGUGCAUCCCUAUCUGUCACUGAGUUUUACACGCGUGCAGAACAUGAAAAUGGUUUUCAGUCCUCAUCACCAGCAUUAGCCGCUGAAAGUAAAUAGACGGGAUAAUGCUUGGGUAAGAAAUAGCCACAGAUCUUUGCAAUGUUAAAAAUUAGCAUUCACGGACUCACCCACCCUGGCUGGCGACCGCGGAAAGCCAUUGAAUCGGCAGCCAGGAGAGAGCAGAGCACAUCUUGGUUAGUAGAAGCUAAACGUUAGCAUUAGCAACUCCACAACAUGGUAGAACACAUUCAGGCUGAGUAAAUAAUGUUUUUUAGUAUGGUUUAAUUUUACAGAUUUUUUUUUUAGUUUAGAACUUUUGCAAACAACACCUUCUACAUAAGAAACAUGUCGCAGGAUUUCCUCGAUCUCUGUUUUUACUUCUACAUUUGGCCCUUUCUGGGCUCCAUACUUCUAUUUCACGUGGGCCAGAAAACACGCUGGUUGGAGUUGUGAUUUUCACAGUUUGGUUUAUUUUCUCUGUCACGUAGAGAGUUCAUCCAUGCCGGCACAAAGUUGUACAUACCAAGCCAAAACAUUUGGAGAUUCAGGUAACUCAAAUCGUUGGAAAAUCUAUUGUAAGGCGCUGAUUAUACUGAUUAACAUUUUUUUCUUUUUACAUGAGUGGCCUUUUUCUCUACUUUUGUACUUAAAUGUGAAUGCUGUUGUAGCUGUCACAAUCCAAACGCUUGUUUCUGUAGUUCAGCAUUUACAGAUCAAAUCAUGUUUGACACCAGUGAUUCAGCUUUGAGACUCUAAAGAUUAAUAUUCUGGAAUUCUGCAGUUUUGCAUUUGUUCAGAACACAAAAUAAACAUAAAUGACUUUA